ACUCAAGUCAAAUAUUUUCCCGCACAGCCCUCCCAAUCGGUCAAUAAGAACAUAUCAUUUUUUCGCUUAGACUAACCUUCUACAUUUGCGCCCGUGAGCGUGCACUUAAACUAUUGUAAAGCUAAUUGUCAUUUAAAAUAUUGUCACUUUAUUUGAAAUGUUAUCCCAGUUUUAACGUAACGAGUAACUGUAAAAACAAAGUCAACGGAUAUAACUGAUAAUGGCAUGAGUCAUGCCAGACAUGUCUUAAAGAAGUCUUAUCGUGAGUUUGAAGUUUAAUUUGAUUCCAUUAAUGUCACAAAGCUUCGGAAGUAAAAAGAACAUUAUUUUCUUGACGUAUUUGCGAAUAUUAGCCACUGCGACUUCCUCAUUAUAAAACAAAUCAUCAAUAAUGUUAUGGAAGAGGUCGUAACGCAACUGUAGGAUACAAGCGAAUCAUGUGAGGUCACGUUUGUCAACAUUGCAAACUGGUUCCGCGCUGAGCUUUGGGAAGUUUAUCCGCUACACGAGAAGGCUUUCAUUUUUCAACGCAAGCCUGAUCAAUAACUCUUUGUGAUCAAUAGAUCUCAGACGCAGACUGAAAAUUACCACAGGAAAAAUGUCAUACGCAGCAUACGUAGAGGGAGAAGAAGAAAAUGAUUGUUUAUGGUCUUGCCACGACGUGGUGGUAGUUUGAAAGGCAGGCUUUUCGUCGUUGACACGAUUCACAUCUCGUGCAAAUCAGAUCCAUACCGAGGAGGUUGUUUCAUGUACGGAGGAAUCAUAAUCUACGGCCGCGAAGGAGAAGGAGAUUGGUACACGGCAAAUGGAACACACGGCAAAAGUGGAUAUGUUGUUAUCGUGCAAACUGACACCGAAGAAUUUAAAGAGCUACAGAAAAAAUGGCCGAACGAACCGGGAAAAGUCCACGGCAUCAUAUACAGAAGAGCUUUCGGGGAAUCAUGCAAAAAGGUGAACGUGGUCGGUGAAGGCUUUGGAAUCAUGAAUGGUGCGUUUAAGACCAUUUCAGGCGCUUUCAAUCCUACUCACGGCGACGAUUAUCAUGAUGACAGCUGGGAAAUGCAUCCACAUUCAACAAAGUGCGUGAGAAAAGUGUUCGAAUGGUGGAAGAAAGCUGGAUAUAACUUCCUCGAAUGCCAGAAUCAUUCGGUUAAAAGUCUCUUGUCUUCUGACAAUGACUAAAACUAUACAGCUGGCACGGAAAUUGUCUGAGUUUAAUUCACAAGCUUUGAUCGCAUGAGACACGGACUAUUCGUAUAGUUAUGUUGCUAUUUUGUAUGACACGAUGCGUCUCAAGAUCUUCAGUUACUUCCUCAUAUUGUAUGGACAAGAAGACAUGCUAUUCAAGAAACACAAAUUUGAAAAACAAAGUGUAAAGAGAACUUUAAAUAAUUAUGAAAUGAUAGGACCAAAGUUACUCCUACAUGUUCAAAACAUGCUCUUUAAUUUUCUUUAACAAUAAAAGAAACAAACCGGA